GAAGCGGAGGAGUGGAGCCGGCAGGCUGGCCACAGUCGCGCGCAGCUUUCUCUGUGAAGUUCAGCCCCUCGCGGAGCCGCUUCUCUUCUCUUGAAUUUCCACGAGGAAAAAAAACGUAGAUUACAAAUAUCUUGUACUUUUUUUUAACUCUUUGACCCUAGCACCGUUUUACCAUCAUUAUUAUUUAGUUAGGGACUCACAGUAGGUGACGAGCAAACGMAUUCCUCGGUUACUUUGUGUCUUGCGCCUGUCUGGUGUCGGAUAACUCUUUGAAAGCCAUUUUUGCACAGAGCAGAGCGACACUUUCAGAGUGAAACUUUCUGGUUGAAGAGGASAAGAUGGUUGGUUGUGACUGACUCAGUAUUGUGGACAGCCGGAUGGAAGCUGAUAAAAUGCUCAAGCUGCAGGUCGGGGGGUUAAUAACAACAAUGUCAGCGGUGGCUCGUUUUGGAAAAUGAUUACUGGAAGCACCGACGAUAAAAUAUGGUCAGAAGAUGUCUAUUAACGUUCAAACCGUUCAGGAUAUUCGUGGUGGGAGUAGGUUUCUUCAGUCUGUGUUUUCUAAUGACCUCUCUGGGGGGGCAGUUCUCAGCCAAGAGACUGGGGGACUCCCCUUUCACCAUCCGCACAGAAGGCUUCCCAUUUACCUCCUGUCGUCUCUUCCACAUCUGUUUCCCCUCGCAGUGCUGGGAGGCGUGGAGUCACGCGGCGUGCUGAGGAAGAUUAGCGACAUGUUGGAGGUGAUUCUGAAGAGGAUGGACACCUUGUCCAAACUGGACAACAGCUCCAGCACAGACGCAAGACGCCUGGAUGAGCUCAGCUCGGCUAUUAACAGGUUUCAACCAGCCGGCCUGGUGGAGAAGAUCCAAGCUAUAGCUCAGAAUGUCUCCAACAUGGCCAUCAGGGUGGAGCAGAUACUUCAGAGCAGYAUGAUGCAGGGCAGAGCAGUCAGAGAUGGCACAACAAGCCAGUGUGAAGUACCGAGAGACAGCCGCUUCCCAGAGUGCCCUGGAAAAGUAGAUUGGAUGCGUGCCCGGUGGACGUCGGAUCCUUGUUACGCCUUUUAUGGUGUUGAUGGGUCGGACUGUUCUUUCCUCGUCUAUCUGAGUGAAGUGGAGUGGUUCUGCCCCCCACUGGCCUGGAGGAACCAGACCAGCCCCCCCACCCAGCAUACACAGCAGGCAAAGUCCCCCAAGAGACAAGCUGCUUUUCGCACAGACCUCUCUGUCCUGCUGGAGCAGGUCGGGAGUGGAAAAGAGUCCCUCAGCUUCAUGAAGCGCAGAAUCCGCCGCCUCGCUCAGCAGUGGGCAACAGCAGCCAACCGGCUGGAUGUCAAGCUGGGGCAGCGAUGGAGAGACCAGAAGAAAAUCCUUGUCCAUGUGGGCUUCCUAACCGAGGAGUCGGGGGAUGUUUUUAGCCCGAAGGUGCUGAAGGGGGGACCUCUGGGAGAGAUGGUCCAGUGGGCAGACAUCCUGACGGCCCUCCAUGUUCUGGGACACAACCUCAAGAUCUCUAUGUCCGUUAAAGAUCUUCAAGGGUUUCUCGGCGUGCCUCCAGGCAGAGGAAGCUGCCCGCUCACUGGACCGUUGCCCUUUGACCUCAUUUAUACCGACUACCAUGGCCUGCAACAGAUGAAGCAGCACAUGGGACUGUCGCUCAAGAAACACAAAUGUCAUAUCAGAGUUAUCGACACUUUUGGAACAGAACCAGCCUACAAUCAUGAAGAGUAUGCAACCCUUCAUGGCUACCGGACCAACUGGGGCUACUGGAACCUGAACCCACGGCAGUACAUGACCAUGUUCCCCCACACACCAGACAAUUCCUUCAUGGGCUUUGUCUCAGAGGAGCUGAAUGAGACGGAGAAGAGAAGCAUCCAGCAGAACAAAGUCAACAACAUGGCUGUGGUUUACGGGAAAGAAGCCAGCAUGUGGAAGCUUCAGCAGGGGAAAGACAGUUUCCUGGAGAUCCUCCACAGAUACAUGGAGGUCCACGGAACGGUGUACUACGAGACCCARAGACCCCCGGAGGUCCCGCCCUUUGUGAAGAACCACGGCCUGUUGCCCCAACAUGAGCUGCAGCAGCUGCUCCGCAAAGCCAAGCUCUUCAUUGGUUUUGGGUUCCCRUAUGAAGGCCCAGCUCCGCUCGAAGCUAUAGCCAACGGUUGUAUUUUCCUGCAGCCGAAGUUUCAACCCCCCCACAGCUCAUUAAACCACGAGUUCUUCAGAGGCAAGCCCACAUCUCGAGAGGUUUUCUCCCAGCACCCGUACGCAGAGCAGUACAUCGGCAGGCCGCAUGUCAUGACGGUGGACUACAACAACUCGCUUGAGUUUGAUUCUGCAAUUAAAGAAAUCAUGAAAACCAAGGUUGAGCCUUUCCUGCCUUACGAGUACACKUGUGAAGGGAUGCUGGAGAGAGUUCAUGCCUACGUGCAGAAUCAGGACUUCUGUGUGCCAGAGCCUCCUUUUGUUCCAACCAACUUCUCCAGACAAGGAUCAGCAGCUGCCGUGCGGCCGAACGGUCCACUGUUUGUGCCGAUUCCCAACUCGACCGCCCUCGGCUGGACGUCCAACGUGACGGCUCCCACCGCCUGGCCUCCUCUCAGCUCCCUCCGACUGCUCGUGUCUCAGGAGGGCCAGUCCUGCGUGGACGCCUGCCACUCCGCUGGUUUCAUCUGCGAGCCCGCUCACUUCCGCUUCAUCAACAACAAGGAGUCUCUGCGGGGGUUGGAGGUGCAGUGUGAAGUGGUCGAUUCAGAGAUCAACCACAUCCUCCCAGCCUUCUCCGUGCUGCGGCGGGAGUGCGGCCUCCAGCGGGAACCCUUGCUCUUCAGCUGCGCAGGGCACUCCCCUAAAUACAGACGUGUCUGCCCCUGCAGGGACUACCGACGUGGACAGGUGGCACUUUGCAGGGACUGCCUAUAACAACAGGACACACGAAGGAAAAGAAAAAGAACCAGAUUCUGGAGCGAAUGGGCGAACUUUAGCUGCUGGAUUGUAAAAUGAAUAAUUUACAACAACUGUAUCACUUAAUGCGCCUCACUGGGAAUGGGAAACAGACUGAAGGACAAAUAUUUGACUACCCUAAACCAGUGAGCUUUCACAUUAACCGCACAGUGAUAUUAUAGAAAACAUUUUACUCUGGGAGGGUGGUGCCAUACCACGACGGAGUCGUCAUGAAGAUGGCAACCCUCAGGUCAGUAUCCAACCUCCUCUCAGCACUCGGACAAAAGAUGAUGGACGCCCAGGUUAACUCUCUUUCUGUUCGUCCCCUCUUCCUGUGAUAGAAAUUUAUCCAACUGAACCUAAAGUCGGAGGCAACAUCUGUCAAAGCAAUCAUUUCUGAGGAGAGAGGACAAGUCACAAGAUUAUUUUUCAACAAAGAAGCCUUCGUAGGUCUCAUGGAUUUUCAAAAAAAGUCAGUUUGCUUUGUGAUGGAAAAUAAAAAAAGAUCAAAGUGUUUGGUUUGAUUUUGCUUUUGUUCUUCAUUCGAUUUCCUCUUGGCUUCAGGUUAAAGAACCUUUCCUUCAAACAAUAUUUGCAGCCAACAUUUCUAAUGGCACAAUUUCACAAGAGGAGUCAUCCCAGUUACAAAAAGACAGACAAGUUGAAAGAAUUUAAAAAUAAAGACCUGGCAUUCCUUGAAGGAACUGUUUUUUUGUUUUUGUUUUUGUUUUUUACUGACACUUAUAGCUGCUUUGCACAAUCUCAUGAUAUUAUGAGAUCUUUGAAAGUGUUGCAGCACUAAGAAUAUGUGUUUUUAUGACCUCAGGCCCUUUUCCCUGGGUUGGGCAAGUGUGUUUCAGGUUCCUCAGGUGAUUAGGAGCUGACCAAUGUCUCCAGUGAAGUUUAUUUAAGAACAAUCUCCAGCAGUGGGAAGAGGCUCCACUCUUUGAUUUGUUGAAACCACUUGUUGGUUUUGGGUAAUUAAUAAACAAUUCUAAGUUGUUCCUGAA